AGAGCCGCCAUUUUCAUUAUCCAAAGCUCAGCUUGAAAGCUUUCAAGAACAACCCUUUUCAGCAAACAAUCAGAGGGACCAUUUAGCAAAAGAAUUUUCAAGCUUUUCAAUUGAUGGUGAAGCCAACAAGCUGCCCUCAAUCAUCUUCAGCAUCUCCAACGGAUUAUGUUGACAUAAACAGCUGUAGUGGUAGUAGUAACAGUUCGAAAUAUAAGGGUGUUCGGAAAAGAAAAUGGGGGAAAUGGGUAUCGGAGAUUCGACUUCCCAAUAGCCGCGAACGUAUUUGGUUGGGGUCUUACGACUCGGCGGAGAAAGCUGCGAGGGCGUUCGACGCGGCUCUUUAUUGUUUACGUGGCCGCGGUGCUAAGUUCAAUUUCCCGAAUAAUCCGCCUGAGAUCGUAAACGGGCAAUCGCUUAGCCCACCGGAGAUUCAGGUGGCGGCCGCUAGGUUCGCCGAAGAGACGGAACACAGUAAUAAUAAUAACAAUGUAGGGACAGAAGAGUAUACGUCGUCUUCAUCGGUGUCGGUGUCGGAUGGGACAGCGACAACGCAAGUGGGAGGGAGUGGUCGCCAUCAUCAUGGUGAAGAAAUGAUGGAUUGGUCGUUUUUGAGCACGUUGGAUAAUACCAAUUAUCAAGUGAUAUCCGAUUAUGGCUUUUAUUUGCCGCCCGGUGGUGAUCAGUUCUAUCUUCCUCCUCCUCCUCCUCCUCCGCCUGUCGAUGACGGCGUCAAUGAUGAUGGAAACGGUGGCGACGCUUUUUCACAGUCAUCGUUUCUUUGGAACUUUCAAAGCUGCUCCAAAUUAGAGUUGUUUUUAAAAGGAAUAAUCUUGAUUUCGUCAUUGUUUUCUGGGGUAAUCAUGAUCAUUUUGGUGAAUUUUAGCUGCCAAAGGCACCGAUUUUUCUCCAGAUAUACAGUGAGUAAGAUGAUGAGAGUUUUCCUUUUUGGGGGGCUGUGUUCAUGCUUCCCGGGUUAAUUGUAUGACGUAUAC